CACUGUGGGAGCCUGGGAUACUCGCCGGCGAUCAUGAGCAAAGGCGCUAUCAUCGGUGCGUCCACCGUCCUGGUCGUGGCGGUCGUCGCUGCCGUCUGUGUCGUCUCCUUCAAGAACAACGGCGGCGGCGGCAAGGCCGACGAUGGAGGCGAGCUGUCCAUGUCGGUCAAGUCGGUCAAGGCCUUCUGCCAGCCCACGGACUACCAGCAGACGUGCGAGGCGGAGCUGACCCAGGCCGCCGCCAACGGCAGCUCGCCCACCGACCUUGCCAAGGCCAUCUUCGCCGUCACGUCGGAGAAGAUCUCCAAGGCCAUCAGCGAGUCGGCCACGCUGGAGGAGCUCCGGAACGACCAGCGCACGUCGGGCGCGCUGCAGAACUGCAAGGAGCUGCUGGAGUACGCCGUCGAGGACCUCAAGACGUCCUUCGACAAGCUCGGCGGCUUCGGCAUGACCGACUUCAACAAGGCCGUCGACGACCUCCGCACGUGGCUCAGCGCCGCGCUCACGUACCAGGACACCUGCCUCGAUGGCUUCCUCAACACCACCACCGACGCCGCCGCCAAGAUGCGCACCGCGCUCAACAGCUCGCAGGAGCUGACGGAGGACAUCCUGGCCGUCGUCGACCAGUUCUCCGCCACGCUCGGCAGCCUCAGCUUCGGGCGGCGGCUGCUCGGCGAGGACGGCAUGCCCACGUGGAUGUCGGAGGGCGGCAAGCGGGAGCUGCUGGCCGCGGCGGGGCCGGAGGCCGGGCCGGAGGCGUUCACGCCGAACGUGACGGUGGCGGCGGACGGGAGCGGCGACUUCAAGACGAUCGGCGAGGCGGUGGCGAAGGUGCCGCCGAAGAACGCGCAGAGGUACACCAUCUACGUGAAGGCCGGGAUGUACAAGGAGUACGUGUCGGUGGGGCGGCCGGCGACGAACGUGGCGAUGAUAGGCGACGGCGCCGAUAAGACGAUCAUCACGGGGAACAAGAACUUCAAGAUGAACCUGACGACCAAGGACACGGCGACGAUGGAGGCGAUCGGGAACGGGUUCUUCAUGCGGGGGAUCAGGGUGGAGAACACGGCGGGGCCGGAGAACCACCAGGCGGUGGCGCUCCGCGCGCAGAGCGACCAGGCCGUCUUCUACCAGUGCACCUUCGACGGCUACCAGGACACGCUCUACCCGCACGCGCAGCGCCAGUUCUUCCGCGACUGCACCGUCACCGGCACCAUCGACUUCAUCUUCGGGAACUCGCAGGUGGUUCUUCAGAACUGCUUGAUCCAGCCGCGGAAGCCGAUGGCGAACCAGGUGAACAUCAUAACGGCGCAGGGGCGGCGGGAGAAGAGGUCAGCGGGGGGGACGGUGCUGCACAACUGCACGGUGGAGCCGCACCCGGACCUGGAGAAGUUCACGGACAAGGUGAAGACGUACCUGGCGCGGCCGUGGAAGGAGUUCUCGCGCACCAUCUUCGUGCAGAACGAGCUUGGGGCGCUGGUGGACCCCGUGGGGUGGCUGGAGUGGAACGGCAACUUCGGCCUCGACACCCUCUUCUACGCGGAGGUGGACAACCACGGCCCCGGCGCCGACAUGAGCAAGCGCGCCAAGUGGAAGGGCAUCCAGGCCCUCACCUACGGGGACGUCCAGAAGGAGUUCACCGUCGAGGUCUUCAUCCAGGGCCAGCAGUUCAUCCCCAAGUUCAACGUCCCCUACAUCCCCGCCCUUCUCCCCCAGUCGGAGACGGACAGGACGCACUGACUGAUCCACCUCUCUUUCUUUUUUAUCUUUCUACCACCUGCACGCCUUGCAUCCAUCCAUCCGUCCAUCCAUUCUAUAUGACACACUCUACGUAUCCUAUGCCUAUGUAUCAAUAUUUAACUGGUACGUUGUAUAAUGUAACAUAUGAAUGUAUACUCUGAUACUACACUCGUGAUCUAUACAGAAGUAGUACUACCUGUGUUUGUGUAUCAUACCAAACAUUGUUGUUCAUUAAUCAAUUUAUAUAGCUCGUGGAUAUAUAUAGAUCAUUUGGGAGGGGAUCCAAAAUGUAUACUCAAUGUCU